CGACUUAUGCAACGGCAAACGUACGAUUGAAAAUUCAACCAGACGUCCUUGAAAAGUAAAAUUUCAAGUGUCAAAAACAGAUAUUUGCUUUGGCCAUUUAACACGUACGCACAUUAUCUAAUAGUACACCCUCUAUUACUUCUGAGGACACAUACCAGAUGCUCGAGAGACUAGCUCUCCUACAGUGUUGCGAGCAAAGUAGGCGAGAAAAAGAUCCGAGAGAGAGAGAGUUGCCUCAUCGGAACGAGGCGACGACUGAUGACGACGUUGCGGAGGUGGGGAACCUCAUAAGGAGGGCUAAGGUAUCACUUCUGUUAUGUACCACCAAAAGAAAUGCCGUCAGAAGUAGGCACUGAAGACAUGGUGUCUAAACAGGAUGACGGAACUGCUGGAGAAUCUCAAGCGGAGACAGAGAUCACAUUGCUGGAUAACACCAGGCAGGAGGAAAGCAACGGUUGUUCCCAGGAUGCAGAGAACGAGGAGACAACUACCAGGAAUGACAACUAUGCCUACAACAAUGCUGCUGAGGCAAGAAAUCUGGACAACGCACUGCUGUCCGUGACUCGAGAAGCUGUCAUUAUGGAGAACGGUUCAAGUAGCUGUGAGAGUGGAGUGGACAGAAUAAGAAUAAUGGAGAACGAUGCUGAGAACAAUCUCACAGAGCAAGUGAGUUGUGAAGCCGAAACUCAACAUAAUGGUUCGAAUGACAUAGAAGUGUUGGGUGCAGUCAGCUCUAUAGGCACUAUCGACAACACAACUCAGACCUCGCUGCAAGAUACUCAACCCAAUAAUGUUCCACAAGUACCUAAAAAUGAUCCGCCUAGGAAAAACUUUACUAGAUGCUUGGAGAGCAACAUCAACAAUUCCGACAGUUCCCAGUCCACCUCUGGUUGUUGCUCCCUGUACAGUACAAACAGGUCGAACGACAGCGAAUCGAGUCGUGCCGACGAUAAUUGUGAUUCAAUCGAUGGUGCAGCCUCUUUGCCAUUGCAAAUUCCUGUGAUAGACUCCUCUUCGGGCGAGGCAUCAUCGGCUUGUGAUAACGACGUUGUCAUGAUAAACCGGAACAAAGCCUUCAAGCUGCCGAGCUUGAGCAACCUCUAUGAAGCUGUGGAGGCCCAGAGAGCUGAGAUGGAAGACCGAGACAUGCUCACUGCCAUGUCCUCCAUGGACAUUGAUUCCGGUAUGUUCAUGGGCAGCGAAAGUAGCAACUCGGAUCCCGAGAACCAGCAGCCUUCCGAUUCUCGCAGGAAUAAGAAGAAGACAGCGCCGGAAACGAACGGUCACUCGUCCUGUGAAGGUGCUGAAUACUACCAACUAUGGAGGAGUACAGCCGGUGGCACGUCCUCUGCCUAUGACAGUCUCUAUCAGAAUCCUCCGCCUUUGCCUCCCCGGGCGGUACACAAGCCUCUUCACAGGACUAACGCUUUGUCGUCGGUUCCGCUGAAGCUGCCAAGAAGACACGCGCAAAAGCUCUCGGCGCCGUUACGACCCGAGGACUGCUUCGGCUUCGAGAUCGUUGACGUUGACGAAGCAUCGAAUCUCAAGACAAGAACAGCGGUGACGAAAAGUAUCGCUCUGCUGAGUUCGCCGCGGCCACAUCGUCCGCUGUCGAGACCCGCCGAUACCGCGGGAACGAGUGCAAGUAGUAGCGGUCAAUCCGAAUGUCCUCCGACACCGACUCAUCGGCCAAAACCCUUGCGACCGCUACCCAUGUGUCCUGCCAGCAACUCUGCGCUUGCCUCGAACGAGGAACCGUUACCUUCUUCAUGGGAGGCACGAAUAGACAGCCACGGCCGCGUCUUCUAUAUCGAUCAUAUUAAUCGCACAACUACGUGGCAGCGCCCAGGCUCGUCAACGCGAAAUGCAGGCCGCGAUCUAAGCCUGCAGCAGUUGGACCGCCGCUACCAGAGCGUGCGUCGGACGAUCUCGCGGCCAGAUAACAUUGAUCGCGACCCGGCUGUAUCCUCUAGCUCUAGUUCCUCGCGCUCUGAUUCCCAGCAACAACCUCAAUCGUCCGAACAGUCGUCUUCACAGGCCCAACCGCAGCAGCCAACGAGAAGCGGCGCUCCAGAGCCUUUCGAUGUGACGACGACACCUGCGGUGCAGUUUCUCACAAGGCCCGACUUCUUCAGCGUGCUACAUACCAAUGUUGAAGCUAUGGAACAUUAUAAUAGAAACACUGGUUUGAAGUAUAUGAUCAGCAAAAUCAGGAGAGAACCGAGAGUUUUUCCGAGAUACGAGCAUAAUAGGGAUCUCGUUGCUCUGAUAAAUUUAUUUGCAGAACAGUCAAAGGAUCUGCCUACGGGUUACGAGUCGAAGCUCGAUAGAACUGGAAAGAGAUUCUUCAUAAAUCACGCACGGAAAGCCACUUCCUUCAUCGAUCCUCGAUUACCUACGGAAGCAGCUCAUCCACGCACAUUACUCGAUGAAGCACCUAUUCCGCCACCUCGACCUCAACCUUUCAUGACGACGAGCGCACCAGAUAUUCCCGUGGCCUACAAUGACAAGGUCGUUGCCUUCCUGCGCCAGCCCAAUAUCAUGGAUAUCUUAAAAGAGCGACAUUCGGGUCUUGGUCAAAACGUAGCGCUUAGAGAGAAGGUGAACGCCGUACGUGUUGAAGGUAGUGCUGCAUUACAGCGACUUGGACACGAUGUACCACUCGCUCUUCUGCUCAGCUUGUUCGAGCAAGAGAUCAUGUCGUAUAUUCCUGGCAAUGUCGGUCGAUCACCGCUUAAUAGCCCACAUGCAUCACCGGGCUUGGCAAGAGCUUCUGCGAGAGCGCCAGCUCCGUACAGAAGAGACUUUGAAGCAAAAUUGAGGACAUUUUACAGAAAGUUAGAAAGCAAAGGCUAUGGUCAAGGUCCCGGUAAGCUAAAAUUGCACAUUCGACGAGAGCACUUGUUAGAAGAUGCCUUCACUCAUAUAAUGGCCGUCUCGAAAAAAGACUUGCAAAAAGGCAAGCUCGUUGUGAUCUUCGACCGCGAAGAGGGUCUCGACUAUGGUGGUCCCUCACGAGAGUUUUUCUUUCAUCUAUCACGCGAGCUAUUCAAUCCCUAUUACGGUCUUUUUGAGUAUUCUGCAAACGACACAUAUACCGUCCAAGUCUCGCCCAUGUCCGCAUUCGUCGACAACUAUCACGACUGGUUCAGAUUUUCAGGACGGGUCUUGGGUCUGGCUCUCGUGCACCAAUACCUCCUUGACGUUUUCUUUACGCGGCCCUUUUAUAAAGCGCUUUUGCGCAUACCCGCUAGCCUCAGUGACCUGGAGAGCCUAGACCAAGAGUUCCAUCAAAGCCUUAUGUGGAUCAAGGAAAAGGACAUCACUAUCGAGCCACUGGAACUCACUUUUUCCGUCACCGAGGAGCUGCUAGGUCGAGUUGCUGAGCGUGAACUCAAACCUGGUGGCAGAAAUAUCCCGGUAACGGAGAAAAAUAAGAAAGAAUAUCUUGAGCGGAUCUUGCGUUGGCGGCUCGAGCGUGGGGUUGCCGAACAAACCGAGUCCUUGGUCCGCGGUUUCUACGAGGUUGUCGAUCCACGGCUGGUUUCGGUUUUCGAUGCACGUGAGCUGGAGCUAGUGAUUGCUGGUGCUGCGGAAAUCGACCUAAACGACUGGCGUGCGCACACCGAGUAUCGCAGCGGUUACCACGACGCCCAUCCCGUGAUAGAGUGGUUCUGGAGCAGCAUUAGUAGGUUCAGUAACGAACAGAGGCUUAGGCUUCUGCAAUUCGUCACGGGAACCUCGAGCAUACCCUAUGAGGGAUUCGCGGCGUUGAGAGGCUCGACAGGACCGCGGAAGUUCUGUAUCGAGAAGUGGGGAAGGCCAAACAGCUUACCUAGAGCACACACGUGUUUCAAUCGACUGGAUCUCCCACCGUACCCCACACCAGAGAUACUUUACGAAAAACUGCUCUUGGCUGUCGAAGAGACAAACACAUUCGGCAUUGAGUAAGCUGCAGUAGAUUUUGGAGAAUUUUACAGAGAACUAUGGGUUUUAAAAAUAAUCAAAAUUCACGUAUACAAUAAGAAGUUCAAAGUUCUUCUCUCGUAUAUUGUGUGAUAGGUCGAACUGUGGCAUUGGCAUUUAACUGCUUUUGUUUGCUUGUUUGCUAAUUAGUGUACAAUUUCGAUUGCCUGAUAAAAAACAAACGCGAAUGGAAGGUCGUUUAAAUGUGUACGUGCAGAAGAUAAAAGAAAAUCAAAACAUUUUUGUCCAUAGUGCGAAUACAAUUGAUGUAAAAUCACGGGGAUCGGCGCAAUUUAUACAUUCAUUUUAUCGUAAUACUAUAAAUUCCAAAAUGCCUUGACAAAAUCUCUAAAAAAAAACAUGUUCUGACUGUUACACUGCCUUUGUUCACCAGAGAAGGAUACUAUAAUCAACAACGACGAAGAAACGCAAAAAAUGUAGAAAAUUUAUACAAAAAAAAAAAAAAAAUGGACUUGCAGGGAUACUUGAGAGAAAUGCGCUAUCGAACUAUUUCGAUUAGAAGUUGGAAAUUGUUGCUCGGAUUAUUAAGAAUAGGCUCAGGGGGAAAUUGCAAAUUAUACUAAUUUCGGCGCACUUAAUUAUGUACGUAAACUUAAACAUUCAGUCCUCAAAACUAGUCAUCUAGCAAAUAACGAAUCUCUAUUAUCUAAUAUAUUAUUGUACAUAUGAGUGAUUGAACAAAAUGAGCAAAUUUUCAUGAGUACAAUGUUUACGACAUUUAAUUACUACUUUUAAUUAAUUAUUUUUAAUGUUAAUUUUAAAUAUCAAAGAGAAUGUGUUACUUUUUAAUAUUAAACUUAUUGUUUUUAUGAAUUUAGAAGUGGAGUCACAUAAGACUGAUUUGUGUUGUGUAAUUUAUUUUACUUUAAAUGUGUACAAUUAAAAGAGAAUAAAUAAAACCACUUAAUGUUCCAUUUGAAUAAUAAAAUAUAAGUUAUGGAAAAAAAUAACUUAGAAGCCAAAAUACUACUUUAAAAGUAUAUUUUACAAGCAAUUUAACAUGCAUAAAAAUUUUCAUUGACGAAGAUUAUAUGAAAAAACUAAAGCUAUAAAGCGAAUAUGUAAAAUACGGUUAUUUUAAUAAAUGCUGGAACGAUAUGAUUCAAUGAACAAUGAAAAUAAGUACAAUGUAUGAUGUAUGCAAAUUUGAUAAUGCAUCUCAAGAGGAGAUUAUAAGAAAAUUGCCAUUUUUGUACAAUCAUUCAUAUAAUCUCUAUUGUGCGUGAUGAAGCGCCUGUUAUUUAUAAUAGUUAAAAUUAAUACAUUAUUCCAGUUAAUGUAUAACGAUGUUAGAAGCCGCCUCUUUUUUCUUGUUAUUAAGGAAAUAAAUGAUGCCUUUUGUUA